CGCCGCCCGACCGGUCCCGGCCCCGGCCCCGGACCAUGGCGUUCGUGGCGGGGCCGCGCCUGCUGGACUGGGCCAGCUCCCCGCCGCACCUGCAGUUCAACAAGUUCGUGCUGACGGGCUACCGGCCGGCCAGCAGCGGCUCGGGCUGCCUGCGCAGCCUCUUCUAUCUGCACAACGAGCUGGGCAACAUCUACACCCACGGCUUGGCCCUCCUGGGUUUCCUGGUGCUGCUGCCGCUGACCAUGCCCUGGGGGCAGCUGGGCGGGGGUGGCUGGCUGGGGGGAGCCCACUGUGUGGCCUGCCUGGCACCCCCUGCGGGCUCAGUGCUCUACCACCUCUUCAUGUGCCACCGUGGGGGUGGCCCUGUCUAUGCCCGGCUGCUUGCUCUAGAUAUGUGUGGGGUCUGCCUGGUCAACACCCUCGGUGCCCUGCCCAUCAUCCACUGCACCCUGGCAUGUCGGCCCUGGCUGCGGCCGGCAGCCCUCGUGGGCUACGCUCUCUUAUCCGGGCUGGCGGGCUGGCGGGCCCUCACGGCUCCUUCGACCGGCGCCCGGCUCCGGGCUUUUGGCUGGCAGGCAGGGGCCCGGCUGCUGGUGUUCGGAGCCCGAGGCGUGGGGCUGGGGGCGGGGGCGCCGGGCUCCCUGCCCUGUUACUUGCGCAUGGAUGCGCUGGCCCUGCUGGGGGGGCUGGUGAAUGUGGCCCGGCUACCCGAGCGCUGGGGGCCCGGCCGCUUUGACUACUGGGGCAACUCCCAUCAGAUCAUGCACCUCCUCAGCGUCGGCUCGAUCCUGCAACUGCACGCCGGGGUCGUGCCCGACCUGCUGUGGGCCGCCCGCCACGCCUGCCCCCCGGACUGAGCGCUCGGCCUGCUCCCCGGCUCCUUCCAUCCAUAAGAGGGCUUCCCCCCUUCUCCCAGGGCCCCUGAAUCUCAAGUACUGCACCUCCCCUCCCACCCUCAAGUGUGCGAGGAGCUAUUCCUCAGCCUCCCAAGGGCUUUCUGCUGAGACUUCGGCCUUGGUAGGGUGUAUUUCUUCUACCGUACUCCCGUCCUCAGGGUGGUAGAGGCUCUCCGGCUCUCCUACCCCUUCCCUGCGGCUGCCCCCUAGCCUGCCCCCCGGGGGGGGGAUCUUCAGGUGACCACUGAUAGGUUUUAGACCAGAUCCACCUUCUCCCCGGUUUGCACACUCCGCAUGCACACUCCAAGGCCUGGCCCUCAGACGAGCAGGAGACACUGAGGGGCGUCCCCUUCGGUCACCAUUUUGGCACACUACACGGGUUCUCCCCCCCCCACCUUUCUCCCCCCUUUCCUCAGCUCAUUUGUGCAUGCUCCUUUCUCCCCCCAACCCCUCUUUGAUACUGCGGUCGCCCCGUCCCUCCCAAAUCGUCCUCUCCCCUGGAAUGCUGGCCCUUUCCAGCAGCCCUCCUGCUCCUCAGGGCAGCCCCUUUGGGAAUAGCCACACAAGGAGGACUCUGGGAUCCUCAGCACCAGCACAGCUGUUCUUUGCCUCCAGCCACCGCACAAGGACUGGGCCAAAGCUCCUUCUCCUCCAUCCAUCCAGGCAGCUGCUCGCAUAAGGAUCGUAGACCUUCUAGGCUCUGGGCCCGGUGCCUCAAGAGCUCCACGUUUUAAGCUGUUAACAUGACCUAAAAGAGUCGAAACUACUUCUAA